GAACGCCGCCGGAACGUGCCUCUUUGCCUGCCCACGACGGACUCUCCGCUAGGACGGCUUCCGUCCGGAGCUUGUCCGGUUUGAGCGGCCGUGCGAGGUGCGGCUCUCCUCAUUCGAAAGCGGAUUGGUUGAAGAGCCGUGAAUCAGACUUCGAAGAAACAGAUAUAGUUUUUCAGAAUGGUGUUUUUCACAUGUAAUGCCUGCGGAGAAGCCCUGAAGAAGGGACAGGUGGAAAAGCAUGUGAACAUGUGCCGAAACUGUCUGUGUCUGUCUUGCAUGGAUUGCGGGAAGGAUUUCUGGGAUGAUGAUUAUAAAUACCACGUGAAGUGUCUAAGUGAAGAUCAGAAGUAUGGGGGAAAGAAUUAUGAAGCCAAAGUCCUCAAAGGAGACGUCAAGCAGCAGGAGUGGAUUCAGAAGAUUCAUGAAAUAAUAAAGGAAACUAACAUUAAUGUCAAAGUUCGAGAUACUUUACAACAGAUGUAUGUAUACGACAAUAUUCCACGAAAGAAACGCAAAUUUCAGAACUGGAUGGCCAACAGUUUGAAAAUCCACAAUACUACUCUACAGGAUCAAGUCUGGGAUAUUUUUUCAGAAGCAACAAGAAAGGAAACACUUGAAACUCAAUCUGUAAAAAAUGAAAUUAUGCCUGUGGUAUCAGAAAACAAUAUCACAAAGACUGAGAAACCAAAAGAGAAAAAAAGUAAAAAGGAAUUAAAAGAGAAGAAAAGUAUCAGAAAGUUAAAAGCUCUGCAAGAAAACUUGGAAUGUUUAAAAAGUGAAAAAUCUAGGCAAGACAUUCUUGAGGAAGGCAGCAUAAAAAUGCCCCGGAGUAAUCAUUUGAAGAAGGCAAAGCAAGAAGCAGCCGGCUUGGUCAAAGGGCCAAGGAAGGGAAAUGGCCCAGAAUCAGAAGAAGCUGAGACAGAGGCACGUGUGAGGAAACGCAAGAACAGCUGCACAAAAGAUGAGUCUCCCAUUCCCACCAAAAUAAUGAACUGCUUUGAAGUGGAAGAAAACAAAGAUAAACAUCGAGGUAAAUUCAACUGGAAAGGAACAAUAAGAGCUGUUUUGAAGCAAGCACCCGACAAUGAAUUAUCCAUUAAGAAACUAAGGAAAAAGGUUAUAGCUCAGUAUUACGCAGUCACAGGUGACCAUCAGAAAUCUGAAGAGGAAACCCUAGCCCUGUUUAAGAAGAAAGUCAGCAGCAAUCCUAACUUUAGAAUUUUAAAAGAAAAGGUUAAACUUCUUAAAUAAUUUUUAGGGGUUAGAUGAUCUUUAUUUUGUACAUUGUCAGUUUUAUUAACAAAUAGAAAACUCUUUGUUAUAUGGAAAUGAAAUAUAGCUGUAUUUGAUUGUAAAUUCAUUUUCUUUCUUAUAUGAAAAUUAAAGUUAAAAACAUUUUGUAAAAGACAAAAACUCAAUUGAAAUAUUUCUGUUAUCAAUCGA